AUGAACCCUCAAGCAGUUGAAUCUCCUCUGUCUCAGUCGGCGACAUUCCUCGUCCUCUCGGCAACCGACGCUCCGAAUGCCAGCCAGACUAUCAAGUCAACAUUGUCUAGCAUUGCAGACAUAACCAAAAACAUCUCCAUUCGCCACCAGACUGCCAAUCUCUCGUGCACCGUCGGAAUUGGGAGCUCGGUCUGGGAUCGCUUGACGAAGCUCCCUCGUCCCGCUGAGCUGCAUCCUUUCAAACAAGUUGAAGGUUCGCAGCACACUGCUGUGUCGACGCCGGGCGAUAUCCUCUUCCACAUCCGCUCCGAGAGGAGAGACAUGGCUUUUGAGUUUGAGCGACAGCUCAUGGAUAGACUUGGUGACGCUGUCAAAUUAGAGGAUGAGACCGUCGGCUUUAGAUAUUUUGACACACGUGAUGUACUCGGCUUUGUCGAUGGAACCGCCAACCCCGUCGGCCCGGAUAUUACACAUACAGUCCUCAUCACCGCAAAUGACGACUCUGCUGCGGUAGGAGGGAGCUACGUCGUUGUGCAGAAAUACCUUCACGAUCUGAAAGCAUGGAAGACGCUCAAGACAGAGCAGCAAGAAGCCGUCAUCGGGCGAACAAAGCUGGACAACAUCGAGCUUGAUGACGCUGAUGAAGGCCAGCAGCUAUCCCACAAGAGUCUUGCUACUAUCGAAGACGAGGGAGGAAGCGAGCAUGAUAUUCUGCGAGACAACAUGCCUUUCGGAUCUCCAGCACAGGGGGAGUUUGGCACGUAUUUCAUCGGCUACUCUAAAAAGCUUUGGGUGAUAGAGAAGAUGAUGGAGCGUAUGUUUGUUGGGGUUCCUCCUGGGAUGUAUGACCGAAUGCUUGAUUAUUCAAAGCCGGUCACUGGCUCAACGUUCUUUGUACCUUCUGCGGAUGUAUUAGCUGGUCUUGAUGACUGA